UGUGUGUGGGGGGGCCGUGCUCACCUCCUGCAUCCCUGGCCAGAGGUGGGCAGGGCCUCGCUGGCCCCAGGGGCGCCCCCCCCCCCCGCCCCCGCCAGCCCUCCUCAGCCCUGCUUCUCUCCUGCAGCCCUAGGACCAUGAACGGUACCUGUCACUCCAGUGAGCUCACCUGGCCCUACUGGGUCAAGAACGUCAUGGACGCCUACGUGGGCCUGCUGCUGGCGCUGGGGCUGCUGCUCAACGGCCUGGCGCUGUGGGUGUUCUGCUGCCGCGUGCGGCGGUGGACGGAGACGCACGUCUACAUGGCCAACCUGGCCGUGGCCGACCUCUGCCUGCUCUGCGCCCUGCCCUUCUUCCUGCAUUCCCUGAAGCAGGGAGCCGAGGACACGCUGUUCUGCCAGCUCUCCCAGGGCGUCUACCUGGCGAACAGGUACAUGAGCAUCAGCCUGGUGACGGCCAUCGCCGUGGACCGCUACGUGGCCCUGCGGCACCCGCUGCGCGCCCCCGCCCUCCGCUCCCCGCGGCAGGCCGUGGCCGUGUGCGUGGCGCUCUGGGCGCUGGUGACGGGCUCGCUGGUGCUCCGGUGGGCCCUGGGGGUGCGGGAGGGCGGCUUCUGCUUCCUGAGCGUCUCCCGGCAGAGCUCCAACACCACGGCCUUCUCCCUGCUGGGCUUCUACCUGCCGCUGGCCGUGCUGCUCUUCUGCUCCCUGCAGGUGGUCGCUGCCCUGGGCCAGGGGCCGGCCGCCCACACGGACCAGGCAGAGGCCACCCGGAGGGCCACCCGCAUGGUCUGGGCGAACCUGGUCGUGUUCGUGGCCUGCUUCCUGCCCUUACACGUGGUGCUGGCGGUGCGCAUGGCCGCGGGCCACAGCGCCCCCACCCCCGCCCUCUGCUACGCCCUCUACAUCACCAGCAAGCUCUCGGAUGCCAACUGCUGCCUGGACGCCAUCUGCUACUACUUCAUGGCCAAGGAGUUCCAGGAGGAGGCGUCGGCACUGGCCUCCAUGCCCACCGCCAAGGCCCACAGGAGCCGGGACUCUUUCUCUGUGACCCUGGCCUAGGACGCAAGUCGCGGGCACGCGGGCCAGGUCCCGGGCUCUCCGGGAGGUGCUGCCUGCUGGGGGCGCCCCGGCUCACCGUGGAUGGGGGCAGGCUCCAGGGGGCCUGGCAGGGUGGCGACGACCCAGGCACGGACCCUGCGGUGGUGACGCGCCCAUCCCCGGGGUGGAAGAGGGUGGGAGGACUGAGCGGGGUCAACCCCUGGGGCCCUGCGAUCGGGCCAACACCUGCAGUGCCCAGGGUCUGGUCACCCCGGGGUACUGGGGCGGACACUUGCUCUGUGCCUGGAGGCCUCAAUGGCCAGCUUUCUGCGGCCAACCUAUAGCGGUUGGAAUAAAGGUGUUCCCCUGACCCUGUCAGGGCUGUGUGUGUGUGUGUGUGUGUGCGUGCGCAUGUGUGUGUGCAUUUGGACACGCGUGUGCUGUCC